AAAAAAUUACAUGGACAGUUUUAUCUACAAAUUGAUUAUUUUACACCAUUGUAAAUAUCAACUAAAAUGGAAUUGCUAAUAGCAUGUAAUAGCAUGCUGAGUCAUUUUUUCAGGGUAAAUAAUUCAGAAAAGAAGUCAAGUGUUAAAUGUCUGGUAGAUCAACCUGCUCUGUGUUUGCUAAAGGGCCCUGGUUAAUCUCUGCCCGUUACUAUGGUAACCACAUUAGCAGAACGCCUGAACAACAUCUUAAUCCUUGAACAUUUUCCUUGGUUUUAGCCCAUAAAACUCUUUGUGAACUUGUUGCUAUAACUUCAGCACAUUUAUUACAUUUAAUACCUUACAGUUACAAACCCGGAGGAGCAAAGGCCUGAUAACGUCUGGGCAGAAAUACCCUCUCACUGAUCUUGUCAGCUCUGUUCUGGUGAAUGUAGAUAAGGCUGUUUUGUGUUUCUCUCACUUCCUCAUUAAGGAUGUUUAUAUACUGAACAGAAAAGACUCUUUCUGAUCUAUUGUUUCACUCAUGAUUGUUUUAAGGUGCUCCUGCUGUCUGGAGUGAAUUCAAACACAUUGCUAGGUGAGGCUGGAGAGCAGAGGGGCCGGACGAGGCUUAGCCAUUAAUUAUUUAGCCGUGAAAGGGGAGGGAAAAGCAAGUGCUGAACUCUCACAUAGGGAAAUACAAGCUCAAAGGAAAACUUUCUCUCAGUCAUACCAGAAUCACUCCUGAAGAUUCAGGGGGACAGACCUAGGGACACAUUUAGACCUGAUGAUUCAUUUUGUCUUUCAAUAAGUAAAUCACCUGCGUUGGGAAGUCAAGAUGUUUGCGGUCCAUUUGCUGUCCUUCUACUUCUCAAAGCUUCAGGAGGAUCAGAUCAAGAAGGUAGACCGAUUUCUGUACGCAAUGCGUCUGUCAGAUGAUCAUCUGGCGGAUAUAUCAGCUCGGUUUCGUCAGGAGAUGGAGAAAGGACUGUCAAAUGAGAGCAAUGCUACAGCUGCAGUGAAGAUGCUGCCGACCCACGUUUAUUCCACACCUGAUGGCUCAGAGAAGGGUGAGUUUCUGGCACUGGAUCUGGGGGGUUCAAAAUUUAAGGUGCUACAGGUGAAGGUUUCAGAAGAUGGGAAGGGGAAAGUCCAGAUGGAGAGUGAAACCUUUCCCAUCCCUGAAGAGAUCCUUAAUGGCAGAGGAACUGAGCUUUUUGAGCAUGUGGCAGAAUCUUUGAAGUCUUUUCUACAGAAACACCACAUUAAUCACACAAGAAAACCUCUGGGCUUCACCUUUUCUUUCCCAUGUGCGCAAUCCAAAAUAGAUGAGGGUGUCUUGCUGUCAUGGUCAAAGAAUUUCAAGGCUAGAGGUGUUCAAGGGAACAACGCGGUGCAGUUAUUACGGAGAGCCAUUCAAAAAGUUGGGGAUGUUGACGUGGAUGUCCUGGCUAUGGUCAAUGACACAGUGGGGGCCAUGAUGACCUGCGGAUAUGAUGACCAGGACUGUGAGGUGGGGGUUAUUGUAGGUACCGGCACUAAUGCUUGCUACAUGGAGGAAAUGCGACACAUUGAUCUGGUGGAAGGAGAUGAAGGCAGGAUGUGUAUUAAUACUGAAUGGGGGGCAUUUGGAGAUGAUGGUGUGCUUGAUGAUUUCAUCACAAGCUUUGAUCGUGAAAUUGAUGCCGCCUCAAUUAAUCCAGGAAAACAGCUUUUUGAAAAGAUGGUGAGUGGGAUGUACAUGGGAGAGCUUGUGAGACUCAUUUUGCUGAAGAUGGCCAAAAAGGGUCUACUCUUUCAUGGCCAAGUCUCUGAUGCUCUCCGAACCAAGGGAACUUUCCAGACCAAACAUAUCUGCUUGAUUGAACAGUAUAAAGGAGGUUUGGAGAACACCAAGGAAAUCCUUGCAGACCUGGGUCUAAAUCCCAGUGAAGAUGACUGCAUUGCUGUCCAGCAUGUUUGUACCAUCGUCUCCUUCAGGUCAGCUAAUCUGGUUGCUGCUGCUUUGGCUGCCAUUCUGACACGGAUCCGAGAAAACAAGAAGCUGAAGACCCUUCGGACCACAGUAGGAGUGGAUGGGACAGUCUACAGAACACAUCCACAGUACCCCAAGAGGCUCCACAAGGUGGUCCGUCAUCUGGUGUCAGACUGUCAUGUCCGUUUUGUGCUGUCUGAAAGUGGCAGUGCAAAAGGUGCCGCCAUGGUGACUGCAGUAGCUCAGCGGCUAGCGUCCCAAAGAAAGGAGAUUGAUGAUACUCUCGCGACCUUCGCCUUGAGCCCCACACAGCUUCAGGAAGUGAAGGCGAAGAUGCGUGUGGAGUUGGAACGAGGCUUGAAGAAAGACUCCCAUCCGACUGCCUCAGUCAAAAUGCUGCCCACUUAUGUUUACAGGACUCCAGAUGGGACAGAAAGAGGAAAGUACCUUGCCUUGGAUCUUGGCGGAACCAAUUUCCGUGUGUUGGUGGUUAAGAUUCGUACCGGUAUGCGAAAUUCAGUCCGGAUGUACAACAAGAUUUAUGCCAUUCCAAUGGAGAUCAUGCAGGGCACAGGAGAAGAGUUGUUUGACCACAUAGUUCAGUGUAUCUCGGAUUUCUUGGACUAUAUGGGGAUAAAGAACACUCGUCUGCCUCUCGGCUUCACCUUCUCUUUCCCAUGCAGUCAGACGGGUAUUGAUAAGGGAGAUCUGGUCUCCUGGACAAAAGGCUUCAAAGCGACAGAUUGCGAGGGGUAUGAUGUUGUGGAUAUGCUGAGAGAAGCCAUCAAAAGACGAAAUGAAUUUGACCUUGACAUCGUUGCUAUAGUUAAUGACACGGUUGGCACAAUGAUGACAUGUGCAUAUGAGGACCCUAAAUGUCAGAUCGGUCUUAUUGCUGGAACGGGAAGCAAUGUGUGUUACAUGGAGGAGAUGAAGAACAUUGAGUUUGUGGAGGGUGAUGAAGGGCAGAUGUGUGUGAACACUGAAUGGGGGGGAUUUGGAGAAAAUGAUAAUAUUGAGGACAUCCGGACCAGAUAUGACAGAGAAGUGGACGGAGGCUCACUCAAUCCAGGAAAACAAAGGUUCGAAAAGAUGACCAGUGGAAUGUAUUUGGGAGAGAUUGUAAGGCAGAUCCUCAUUGAUCUCACAAAGCGUGGCCUUCUGUUUCGCGGUCGCAUCACAGAGAGACUGAAAACCAAAGGCAUCUUUGAGACCAAGUUCCUCUCACAGAUUGAGAGUGACCGUUUGGCUCUACUGCAAGUGAGGUCUAUUCUGCAGAGUCUGGGCCUGGACAGCACAUGUGACGACAGUAUUAUUGUGAAGGAAGUGUGUGGAGCUGUUUCCCGUCGAGCAGCUCAGCUCUGUGGAGCAGGAAUGGCUGCUGUUGUAGACAAAAUCAGAGAGAACCGUGGGCUGGAUCAUCUGGAGAUUACUGUGGGAGUGGACGGCACGCUUUACAAGUUACAUCCACACUUCUCCACAAACCUAAAGGACACUGUCAGAGAGCUUGCGCCCAAUUGUAAGGUGGAUUUCAUUCUAUCAGAGGAUGGCAGUGGGAAAGGGGCGGCCCUGAUCACAGCGGUAGCACGGCAGCAUCAUAUAGAGAAACAAGAACCUCACUAGAUGACUCAGUGAGCGGUUUGCAUGGCCAGUCAGAGUGAAAGGCUCACAGAGGCCAAACUAAAGGGGGCAGUGGCUGUGUGCAGAGGAAUGUCAUGACAGUAUGUUGCUCUAGUGCUCUGUGAUGGAGUCUGAGAGGCUUGGAGACCAAACAACCAUAUUAAAUCAGGAGCUGCUACUGUACUUUGAAAAGCUUCUUUUUUUUUUUUUUUUUAAAAGACAAAUUAGAAGGCAAAUUAGAAUCCAAUUCAAAGUUUUUUUUUCUGGACUGUGAAAAUCAUUUUAAGAUUUUAUUUUAAACUGAUUUAUUUUUUAAGGAAUAGUUAAAGGGAUAGUUCACCCAAGAAUGAAAAUUCUGUCAUUAGUCCAGGUGAUAUGUGAAAAUAAUGUUCACUUUUUCAUAAAAGCAUGAAACUUGCUACACUUGUAUAGUUUGUGGCCCUAAACAUUUUCAGAAAUGGAGCCAUCGGCAAAACACCUUGUGGUUGCCAUAGCGACCAUUUUACUUUCUGCCAUAACCAAAUUAUGUAUUUUAUGUCAUAUCUCCUGAACCAAACAUAACACAGAAAAAGUGAUGUCUACCCCUAUGUCAAGGAUUACAGUGAUACCAUAUACAACAACAUAAACUGUUCAGGUGAAGAGUUAAUGGUGAAAUCAGCAAUGUGAGAAGGAAAUAACAAUAUCGGAGUAUCACAGCAUUUACAAUAGUCCAUAAUAUGGCUAUUAAUUUUUUCUUUCUUUGAUAAUUAAUAUUUUAUUCAAUAAUACAUGAAAAGAUUGUUUUCAAGAAUACUAUCAUAUAUUUCAGAGAUAUAAAAAAAUCAUCUCUGGUAAGUGUAUAUUUCCUUACCUCUCAGGCAGAGACAUGUAGGCGGUAGUGUGUUUCCAGUACAUUCUUGUUCUCUCUCAACAACGCUCUAACAUCACAUGCAGACGGCAACACAAUCAGCUGAACAGUUAAUGGUUAAUUCAGUGACUUUAUGAGAAGGAUUACAAUGAAAUCUUUAUGAGAAGUAUUACAAUGAAAUCUCAGAAGAUGCAGAAUGAAAUUUCAAACAUAUUUCAUGUAAACUUAAUUUACAAUCACUCUCUGGGGCCAGAGUUGUCUAUUAUAUUGUCCACAAGGGGGAAGCCAGAGUCCUGCAUGUGGGCGGGUACACGCAGGUGAACCACUAAUAUUUGAUGUAACGGGUGGAAUAAUAUUUAUGUGUAGGGUGCGGUGUGAGUGUGGGCCAGACGGUGACAAGCACGGGCGGGUUGCGGGUACAAUAACCAAAACUAUUUUGACUCGGCCCAGUACACGCUGAGCAAUGUAGCCAAUCGCGCUGCCACUGAUUGACAGCUGUAGUAAGUAUAUUAAAGGGAGAGCUAUUUGCUUGCUUUAUGUAUUUAAAUCUAUUCACAAUUUGAAUAAAAGUUUUAAUAAAUGAGUUUUGUCUACCUCAUGUAGGAGAUUUAAUGCAGGUGCAGUUGUCAAAUGGGUCAGGUAUGGGAUUAAAUUAGUGUUGCUUUCAGAUAAUGUGUCGGAUGUUCUGUUAAUUACUGCGGGUGUGGGAAAAUCAUUUCACCAGCCAGGAAAGGUGAAUGAAAAUGCCUCUCUGUGACGUUACCACGAGGCAUCGCUUACUUGCAGAUCUCAAGCUUCUGGAGGGGAUGUAGAUUCGUAAGAUUGAGGAGGAAGCAGGAGGGUGCUGAGCCUGUUGCUGUUCUGUACACGUCAUGAACUUGAUGCAAGCCGCAACCGGUAGCCAGUGCAGGGAGAUAAAGAGAGGUGUGCAGUAGGCCCUUUUGGGCUCAUGGAAGACCAGUUGUGCCGCUGUAGAGGUUUGAUUGCACAUGAUGGAAGCCCAGCUAGAAGAGCAUUGCAACAGUCCAGCCUAGAAAUGACAAGGGCCUGGGCAAGAAGUUGUGCAGCAUGCUCUAUUUGGAAAGGCCUGAUCCUCCUGAUGUUGUGCAAUGCAAACCUGCAUGAUUGAGCUGUCUUUACAAUAUGGUCUGUGGAAAGAAACCCUGUGGCCAGUUGAUGUUCUCUGGAUUCCUCUCUCAGGAAUCCCUGAAAGACCUAACUGUGAGAUAAGAUUCAAACCAGUGGAGCGCAGUUCCUGUGAUGGUACACAGGAGAAUCUGAUGAUUCACAGUGUCAAAAGUGGCAGAUAGAUCCAGCAGAAUAAGAACUGAUGAUUUGGAAUCAGCUUUCACAAUCUGCAGGGCUAUACUGACCGACAGUAAAUCUCAGUUGAACGGCCACUGCUGAAACCUGAUUGGUUAAAGUUCAGUUGGUCAUUCUGUGAAAGAAAUAAUGUAACUGUGUCUAUAAAGGUGUGAACCAAAAGGUCCAUUCCAUUGGAAUAACAAAGGAACAGCAUUUUUCAAAUGUUGUCUGUGAUACAACUGCAUGUGAAAAUUAAGUCAAGCUGGUUGUCUGAUUUGUUAGUGCUUAUGGUUAGCCAUUUGAGAUUGAAUGAAGCUAGGAGUGGAAGUCGAAGUCUGCAGUGUAAGGCUCCUCAAGAUGCAUUUCAAAGUCACCAAAGACUACAAGUGGACUGCCAUCCACAGAAAAUGAGGAUAGCAGCCCAUCCAGCUCCUCUAUAAAGGUGCCUAGUUGACCAGGAAGGCGAUAAAUCAUUACAAUAUGGAGUUUAACAGGAGUUGUUACCAUAAUAGCAUGAAACUCAAAAUAAUUUUUAUUGCAUAGGGAAGAGUGGGUUGAGUAUUUCCAAUUAUUAGAAAUGAGUAGACCAGUACCCUUCCAAACUGACGGGGGUGUGAGAGAAAGGGAAGUUGUUAGAGAGAACAUCAGUCAAGCCCAAGAUUCUAAGAGUAGAUUGAGAAGCAAUGGCCAGAAUUAAGUUUGUUGACAGCUGACUGACAAUUCCAGUGACCCAUAGAAAAUGACAGAGGUGCAGCAAAAGAGGUGCAGAUAGGACGCAGGUUAGCAAGAUUUCGUUGCCAUCUGCGUGUGAUGUUAGAGCAUUGUUGAGAGAGAACAAGAAUGUAUUGGAAACAUACCUACCCGACUCUGCCUGAGAGGUAAGGAAAAAUACACUUACAUAAGAUUAUUUUUUUUCUAAAAUGUAUGAUUGUAUUCUUGAAAACAAUCUUUUAUUGUACUAUUGUAUAAACUAUUAGUCAAGCUGGUGUGUGGUGGGCUGCUCAUUGGUGGUGGUUGAGGAGAUUCCCCCUUCCAUGUAAAGCGCUUUGAGUACCCAGAAAAGCGCUAUAUAAAUGUAACGAAUAAAUAAAUUAAUUAAAACACUAUUUUAUUGUACUAUUGAAUACAAUAUUAGCUAAUUAACAAAGAAAGAAAUUAAUAGCCAUAAUAUGGACUAUUGUAAAUGCUACGAUACUGUGAUUUCCUUCUCACAUUGCUGAUUUCACCAUUAACUC